CGCGGAGGGGUGGCCUGUGCCCGGAUGGAGGCGUUCGCCAUUCGCACAGCGCCGCCAGCUGCCGAGGGCGCCCCACAGCUGCCGCCAUGAGGCUCUUAUCCCGCCUGCUGCUGCUCGUGCUCCUGGCCUUCCCUGCCGCCCUCCUGCUCGGCGGCGCCCGCGGCCCGGGUUCAAGCUUGCUAGUGGCAGCUCAAGAUGCUACCGAGGAUGAAGAAGCAGUGGAAGAUACUGUAGUUGAAGAUGAAGAUGAUGAAGCUGAAGUUGAAGAAGAUGAGCCGACAGAUUUGACAGAAGAAAAAGAGGAAGAAGACUUAUCAGGAGAACCUAAAGCCUCACCUAGUGCUGAUACAACAAUCUUAUUUGUGAAAGGUGAAGAUUUCCCAGCAAACAAUAUUGUGAAGUUUCUGGUAGGCUUCACCAAUAAGGGUACAGAGGAUUUUAUUGUUGAGUCUCUUGAUGCAUCUUUUCGGUACCCCCAAGACUACCAGUUUUACAUACAGAAUUUCACAGCUCUUCCUCUGAACACAGUGGUUCCACCACAGAGGCAGGCCACAUUUGAGUACUCUUUCAUCCCUGCAGAGCCGAUGGGUGGCCGUCCAUUUGGACUAGUUAUCAAUCUGAACUACAGAGAUUUGAACGGUAAUGUGUUCCAAGAUGCUGUCUUCAAUCAAACAGUUACAAUUAUUGAGAGAGAAGAUGGACUCGAUGGAGAAACGAUCUUCAUGUACAUGUUCCUUGCUGGUCUUGGCCUCCUUGUCGUUAUUGGUCUGCAUCAACUGUUAGAAUCUAGGAAGCGGAAGAGACCAGUACAGAAAGUAGAGAUGGGAACAUCAAAUCAAAAUGAUGUUGACAUGAGCUGGAUCCCUCAAGAAACUUUAAAUCAGAUCAAUAAAGCCUCACCAAGACGAUUGCCUCGUAAAAGGGCACAGAAGAGAUCGGUGGGAUCUGAUGAGGACUGAGCACCUGAGCCAUGAGCCAAUGACAGUUGAACAAUACCUGCAAAUCACUUCACCAUCCUGGGUUUGAAGCAGGGUCUGAGGUCUAAAGCUACCUGGUCUGGCACUGUUGUAUUAUAAGCUUCCCUAAAAAAAUGCAAAGUUGUUGUGGGGGUUUUGUUUGUUUUGUUUUGUGUGUUUUACUUUUGUCUUGGUGUGAAAAGUAACUUUUAGAAAUGUUUGUUUCCAUUUUUUUAACAGUGCUUGGAUUAACAUUUGCCAGCGUAGCUAGUCAGUAAAGAGUGUUUUCCACAAAGCAGGAUUUAACAAGAGUGUUUAAUAAAUAAUGAUUGUGUUUAACACUUGAAUGCUAUAUCCAGAAUGAGCUUAUCUACUAAAAUCCAAACUGUUCUUCCCAUCAGACAAGGGAAGCAGUUUAAGAUGGCAAAUGAUUCUUUACAGACUGUGUUCACACUGGUAGUAGAUCAAAAAAUAUUUAAAUGCCUUGAAGCAUGGCCUUGACUGCAGCAGUGGCUGUUCUACUGAACAUUUGAGGGGGAGGACCCUCUUAUUUGCCAAUCUUUGGCUUAUCCUUGGUACCUUGGCUCAUAAAGAGGUCACUUAAGACUUUGCAUCAGUGCCCAUUAUCACUGAUGUUGGAAUAGAGACUUACCAUCUAAAAUGUAGAAAGGUAAGAGUAAUGAAGAUCAUUCAGGGUUUGCCAAGAUGGCCAUCCUCAACAACAACAACAAAAGGCCAGAGCCCAGUUACUGCUAUGGGUUUUCUAUUGUAACGUCAUGAAAUAUACACUCCGUUCUUUCUUCACCUGUCCUCAUUACCAUGUAACUUUAACAUUGUUCUGCAGAUGUUAACAUCUUGCAACUCAUGGUACCAGAGAUUUAAAUCUGCUUCGUACAGGAUUUCCCCCAAUAGUGAUCAAAACUAAGAACAGCUGUUAGUUAAUUUUCUAGAAUUAAGUUGUAGAGCAAUUCUUUUUUGCUUAGCUUGGUAAGUCAUUGUAAAUAUCUACUAUGACUUACCAAUCGUUUUGUUCCUUUGUAUUAGGUAUCUUAAAAUAAUUUAGUAGUGCUGGAAGGAGAGGGAGAAGAGAGAGCAUUCCCAAAUUGCUAAGCUGGUAUGAGGGAGCUUGUAUUAAGAUAAGGAUAGUCACUGCUUUUAAAAUAUGCUACCUCUGCUUGUAGUGGCAGAUGGUUUAGAUGAUUUCUUCCUAAGAUACUGCUUCCAUCUCAUGACUGAAUAUCUGGAAUAUACUUCCCUAGUAAUUUCAUGGAUGCAUUCUUAUUUACUUAUAGCUUUUUGCUAAUUAUCUUGUCACUUGACCAGGCAUGAUGAAUGAAAUAGCACAAUUCUAACUUCUUUUUUUCCACUGUAAUAUACUACAGUUCUAAAUUUAGCAAUAACUAGGAAGUCCACAACAGGAAUGGGAAAAGGUAGAGAUGCUAUAUGUCAGUCUUUUAGCAAGUAGCUUGCUGUAAUGCACAAGAAUUACUACAAGGCUGUAUACAACAUGUGGUUAUAUACCAUAGUAAGCCAGGUUACAGUCUGUACUUUGCCACUUAACCUCAAAGCAUUACCUGCUUUAACGAACUAAAAGGGACACAGUAGGCAUUUAUUACCAGUUGAGUAAUUCAGUAUAGCUUCCCUUUUUUGCACCCCCCCACCACUCUAAUGAUACAUGCACACAAACAUCUGCAAUGGCUUCAGAAAGGGAGAGUUGAACUGCUGCUUGGGAGUGUGCAGCAGCUAUUAGGCCAUAACUAUCAUGUUGGCCUGAGCCUGUAAUGGUGCAAUUGAGCAAAAUUGCUCCCUUUGAUCCUGAAUGAAGCAUUCAGAAUUGGAGCACUUCUGCUGUAUUUGCAUGGCUGCAGGCUCACGUUCAUGUAACGGUUACAGCAUAACUGCUGCUGUAUGUUCCUCAACAGCAGAUCUCCCUCCCAUUUUGAAGUUGCUACAACUGCACACAUUGUCCAGUACUCUAAAAUGCAUAAGUUCACUUGCCUUCUUCAAAUACUGUCACUGGCAAAGUGAGUUUGAGUGAAUUGUACUCUUGGAAAAAUAUGGUAGAGUUGCAGGUUCCAAAAGUUCAGUUUAUGACUAGUGUCUUGUAUGCAUGAGGAGUCAUGGUUUAAGUGGCAGAAGCAUGGGUCAAAGGAUUGGAUGGAGAAGGUUCUGAUGUAGCCCUUCUGCAGAUCUGCUGUGACUUCAGGGAAGAUGCUUAACAUGUCUGUUUUGUAUAACCUGGAAUAUGAAUGAUGUUUCAUCUGCUACUUAUACUCCUUUCACUUCUGAUUUGUUCUCCUGAAACUCUUGCUGGUGCUAAAACUGGAGUGGGGAGAUGCACAACACUUAAGUUGCACUGAAGAUUUCCAGAAUUAUGGCAGCUGUGGUAAAGAUCUACCACUGAUUUCCAUCAGUGUUCCCAUGCAGUAGGCAGUGGCUGAGGUCUCUCUCUAUCCUUAGCUCCUUUCCUCACUUUCCCUGGGGGAAUAUGGAAUCAGUACCUACCUCAUGGGGUGGUGUGUUUCUUUAGUUCUUUGGAGAAGAAAGCUAAGUCUUGCACAAGCUGCUUCUAUGAAGAGCCCAUAGAAAUAGUUUGUGUAAUACCUGUCAGACUUAAUAUUAUGCUGUAGAAAACUUGGCCCUACCACACCUGAUGAGGCUAUUGGUUAAUGGAAGACUCAAUCCCUGCUAAUUAACUAAUGGAGCAAUACAUUUGCUAGAGUGCAGAAGCUUUUACAGGGCUACAGGGAUCUUUAUGUAAUGAAACUUGCAAGCUAUGUGUACAAAAGGUGUGGGGACAGUAAACAAAAACCAUCUUUCAAUUUGAUGGUUAACAUAGCUUGCAUCAGGAAAGUAGUGUCAAUCACUUUUUCUAUUUAAGCAGUUGCUUGUUAGAUAUUGCAGGGUUGUAAUUGAAAGGAAGGGAAGGAGAUGCUUUUAUAGAUGUCACUUACACAGUUGGAGAAUGCUGUGUAAAAAGUGAAACGCAUUGCAUUUUAAAUGAUAGGUGCUGUACAAUAACUGAAAUAGUAAUCUAAUCUUUAUGCUCAAACUUAAUGAGAUCAGAUCAGCCUCUCAAAACAACAUCACUAUUUUUUUUUCUUUUGUAACAAAUGUUCCUAGCUUUUUAGAGCUCUUUUUUUAAAACACAGGUCCUGCACCAAAAAGCCUGACCAAGUCUUUGGACUGGGAGGAGAUGAUACUGUUAUCUGAUCAAGAGGAAAGUAUGAGGGUGUUUCAGAAAGAAACCAGCAAUUUUGAAAUAAAACUUGUAUGUACAAGAAUGGGGAAAACUAUGCUGCAGUGGGGAACAGCCAUUGUUUACAACUAGGCAAGGAAGCAAAGUGGUUUGCUAAGUGAUCAUUGCAAACACAGUGGUUUUAUUUUUAAAUUCUUUAUUUCUGAAACACCCUCAUAACUGGAAGAAAGAUGUAUAAAUGGCACGAGAAUCUCUACCACAGCAAACCCUAAACCUCAGCAUGUGUUGGUUUUUUUUUCUCUCAUAUUGCCAAUGAAAAUCUUUGUUGGAACAAUUACCAUUCUUUAGACUCUUGUUGAGUAGCUAGUUCAUAGGUCUGAUGAACUAGCUCAUCCAGUAAUUCAUGACUACUGUCAAACCUUUGAGAAUAUUGAAAAGAAAUGCCCCAUCAGUGGGUGUGUCUACAUAAGACACCACAUGUGCAGUAGACCAAUUCUACUGUGCAUUAGCAUGGCAGGCAAAAACCAUGCUAAUGCCCAGGAGAAUUAGUCUACUACGCAUUAGCAUCACCUAAAAUGCAUGCGCUGGCACUACUCCACAGUAGCACCAGUUACUGUGUGUACCUGUUGUUAUAGGUACUAAACUAAAAGUGCAGUAACCACUGUGCAUUAAUGUACGUGUAGACAUGCCCACUGAGAGGUUAAGUAGCAACACCAGAAACCAAAGCUGAGAUGGGAGCAGUUUUGAACACUGCUGCUGCUGCUUCUACAAUGCUCUGCAACAACUUGAGCAUUACAGGGAUCUCUUCCUGAAAUAAAGUACAUCUCAGGCCAAUGUUUACUGACUUUACAAAUGAUUUCCUGACAAGUUAGUGCUGGAAGUUGAGGCAUACAUUUUAAAAGUAAAAAGCUUUAUUGUGACUACCAAGUAAUACUCUGCAAGAAGCUGGUAAAACGAUUGGAAUAAAAUGGUACAGUUAUACCUUUCUACCUACUGAUAAACUGCAAGUGCCCUAGAAAGUAUGGCUGGGGGGGGGGCUUUAGCUCCUUCCUGACAAUUUUUUUUUCUUAAACUCCAGUAGAAUUCUUGCAGGCUAUUACUUUUCUCACCCAGUUGAAGCUGAUUAAGUUUAAAUGAACUGACACCAGCCUGUGCUAAGCUUUUUUUUUUUUUCUUCUGAAUGAGCAAUAGUGAUAAAAUGAGCUUUGCUUUCUUACCCUGCCACUUCUCUUCCUGCACUGUGCCCCGCUCAUCCUAAAUCAUGUCUGAUGCAUGCAGCCUGUUCCCAAGAAUUUGGGUGCAAGAAAUUCUUUGAAGCUAACGGUUUGGGCCAGUGUCAGCUCUCCUUUUGGUGCAACUCUCAUUAGUAUUGCCCCAAAAGCACUCAGAGAUUGAACAGCUGAGCUCUGGAUGCUUCCUGGAGUGUGCAUACUUCAGUGUCAAACCUUAAGGUUUUUAAUAAUAUUUGAGAGAGGCAGGUUUAAACACUGCAGUCUGAAAUAGGUGGGAAGAAUUCUGCAGAGCAAGCUCCAUAAAGCAAAUAAGUGCUUGGCUUUUUAGCACACCUGCACUGACUAAUAAAACUAAUUCUUUUAUACCUGUAAUAUCAUGUGCAGGCCUUGUUAGAACAAUGAUUAAUAUAAGCAUUGAUCAAUGAAUAUACAGCUCUCAAAGGCUUUGCUAGAGCAUUGAUCAAAGCGGGCCUCACCAAAGCCUGACCUGGCACCCACCAGGGCCUUAGACUGAAAGAUGCCUAUGAGAUUAGGCUUGAAAGACCCCUGACAAAGAUGACUGACUGAGAAAGCAGACUGUUAAGGUUGGUGCCAGGGAGUGCAGAAUAUGCAUGAUAAUGUCAGGCAUGAGAAUCUGGUAACCCAGUAGAGAGGUUGAUGUUUCGUUAUGUAAAUGUCCAAUGUAAACAAUUUUUUUGAUUCAUGUGUAAAAGAAGGGCUGGACAUUUUUAGAAUUUUACAUUGUAUCUAGGGGAUGCUACAGACGCAUUGUGCCUGUAUCUUACCACAAGCAUCCAGGGCUAACAUCUUGUAACCCUUUGAACAAGCAUGUGAGUUAGCACCCUUGCUACAUGUUGAAAUUAAAGCUGGAUAGAAACCAGCUAUAGAGUUGUUGCACCUUUUCAAGUACUACCUUUACAGCUGGCUAGCUCUUUUUUAGAGUUGGGUAAUCCUUUUUAUUGUGUGAUAAUUAUUUUGCACCUGUGGCUGGUCUAAAUGUAUUGCCUGAUUAACCAGUUAAUUGUGUGAUAAUUACUUGUGGCCAGUCUUACUUUGGACGCAUGGCAGGCCUAAAUUUAUUGUGCGAUUCACCAGUUAAUUGCGCAAUAUAUGUAACGUGUAGCAGGGGCCUUAGGUAAUAAAUGUGGCCAAGCUUUUGCCACCAAACUGA